AUGAGCAAGAUCCUCGACGAGCAGCCAGAGUGUCUGUUUCAAUACGUUGAUACCGUGCUCGCACGCCUCCCCCCGCGCCCUGUCGUUCAGAUCAAUGGCUUCCACACGCAGACCGUGCGUAAGGGCGAUAAGCGUGAGAAGAAGCACAUUACCGAUUUUGAUAUCAUGCUGAACCUCCGACCUUAUCUGCUCACCAACCGACAAAACCUGACGAGCAAAUGGAGCAAACAAACUGUGGUUGAACCCAGCCAAAAAGCUUUCCGCGGCAGCUUUAGAAAGACGGUCGCCAAGGGACACAAAGGAGAUUUGGAGGUUGGGAACUCAUAUGACCCUGACCAGCUCUUGAUGGAAGGGUGCGAAGAGUACUGUAAGAGCCCCGCGAGGCUCAAGAUCUUCCGCGUCUCCCGCACCGUCAGCGGUCUGGACGAGCAAGCCAUCCGCGCGCGCAUAGAGACCCUCAUCCGCAGCACGCACUACCGGGGACACAUCAAGAUCUUCUUCCCACUCGAAGAACGGGCCGUCGACAUCUACAGCACACACUGGAUCCAGCGGUGGCGCACAACGACCUACAUCCGCUGGAUCUUCUACCUAACCUUCCUGUGGAUCUUCGCCUGGCCCAUCCUCUACUUCAUGACCAAGCGCUGGGCGAUCGUCAACGUGGACUGGCCGUUUUCGGUCACGCAGCCCAAUGGCGACGGCACGGGUACGAAGCAGUACACCACCAUCAGCGAGGACGAGUGGUACGGCAAGCAUGCGAACCUGAUUCGGAGACUGGUGCUUGAGGGCCAUCAGGGCGAUGCUAGCUGCUUUGAUCCUGAAGAGGAGCCUGUUAAUCCUCAGCCUAGGCGUGUUAGCUCCGGGAAUCAGCAUGUUGAUAGCGCGAUUAGUAUUAUUCAGGCAGGUGUUUCGGGGUGGAAUAGUGUGCAGAGGGCUAUGGGUGGUGAUCCGGAUGGCUGGGGUGGUGACUGCUGA